GCACCUUGGGCAGCGCUCACACAUGAUCACAUGACUCUGGACAUGGACGCGGUCCUGUCAGACUUUGUUCGGUCCACGGGGGCAGAACCGGGUCUGGCAAGAGACCUGCUGGAAGGUAAAAACUGGGACCUCAGUGCUGCUCUAAAUGAUUAUGAGGAGCUCAGGCAGGUCCACACUGCCAACCUGCCACAGGUCUUCAAUGAGGGCCGAUACUACAAGCAGCCAGAGAUACGGGACACGCCCACCCAUGUCAGCAGGGUCGACAAGCCGUGUGCACAGAAGCAGGAGGACAAUGCACAAGAGAAGCGUCUGUCCCGCGGGAUCUCCCACGCCAGCUCUGCUAUCGUCUCCCUGGCGCGGCUGCAAGUGGCUAGCGAGUGCACCAGCGAGCAGUUCCCUCUUGAGAUGCCCAUCUACACAUUCCAGCUACCAGACCUCAGCGUGUACAGUGAGGACUUCAGGAGCUUCAUAGAGAGAGACCUGAUAGAGCAGUCCACCAUGAUGGCUCUGGAGCAGGCUGGUCGUCUGAACUGGUGGUCCACCAUGUGCACCAGCUGUAAGAAGCUGCUUCCUCUGGCCACCACGGGGGACGGGAACUGCCUCCUGCACGCUGCCUCCUUAGGAAUGUGGGGCUUCCAUGACAGAGACCUGAUGCUGAGGAAGUCCCUGUACACCAUGAUGAAGAGCGGGGCGGAGAGGGAUGCUCUGAAGAGGAGGUGGAGGUGGCAGCAGACCCAACAGAACAAGGAGUCAGGGCUGGUGUACACUGAGGAGGAGUGGGAGAGAGAGUGGAACGAGCUGCUGAAGUUGGCCUCCAGCGAGCCUCGCUCUCACCUCAGCAAAAACGGCAACACCAGUGGAGGUGUGGAUAACUCUGAGGAUCCCGUCUACGAGAGUUUGGAGGAGUUCCAUGUGUUUGUGCUGGCCCACGUGUUACGCAGGCCAAUCGUAGUGGUGGCUGACACGAUGCUCAGAGACUCAGGAGGAGAAGCUUUUGCUCCCAUCCCAUUUGGAGGUCUCUAUCUGCCCCUGGAGGUGCCUCCAAGCCGCUGCCACUGCUCCCCUCUGGUCCUGGCCUAUGAUCAGGCUCACUUCUCCGCACUGGUGUCCAUGGAGCAGAGGGACCAGCAGCGAGAGCAAGCUGUUAUCCCUCUGACUGACUCUGAGCACAAGCUGCUGGCACUCCAUUUUGCCGUGGACCCUGGCAGGGACUGGGAGUGGGGGAGGGACGACAACGAUAACACCAAGCUAGCCAAUCUCAUCUUGUCUCUGGAGGCCAAACUCAACUUGCUGCACAACUACAUGAAUGUAACAUGGAUUCGAAUUCCAUCUGAAACAAGGGCUCCCUUGGCUCAGCCAGAGUCUCCCACAGCCUCUGCAGGUGAGGAUGUCCAGUCUCUGGCAGAGUCCAUGGACUCUGACCGUGAGUCUGUCGGCAGCAACUCUAAUGUCAACACGGGCAAGCCAAGCAAAGAGAAGGACAAGGACAAGCAGCGCAAGGACAAAGACAAGAGCCGGGCUGAUUCUGUAGCCAACAAACUAGGUAGCUUCAGCAAAACCCUGGGAAUCAAGCUGAAGAAGAACAUGGGAGGCCUGGGUGGCCUCGUGCACGGCAAAAUGAACAAAUCCAAUUCUGGCUCAGGUCGUAGUGGGGAGAACGGAGGGGAGAAAGCAAAGAAGAAGGAGUCUAAGACUAACAAAGGAAGCAAGGAGGAGUCGGGCCAGUCAGCCAGCUCCACCUCCUCUGAAAAGGCCACUAGUCCCUCUCCUACAGACAGACCCUCCAGCUCCUCCCCCACGGAGAGACAGGAUAGUGCAGGGAGAGUCUCAGGGGACAAGAUCAUGGAGAACUGGAAAUACAGCACCGAUGUCAAGCUCAGCCUCAACAUUCUGCGGGCCGCCAUGCAGGGGGAGCGCAAGUUCAUCUUCGCCGGCCUCCUGCUCACCAGCCAUCGACACCAGUUCCACGAGGAGAUGAUCAACUACUAUCUGACCAACGCCCAGGAGCGAUUCAGCCAAGAGCAGGAGCAGAAGAGGAAGGAGGCCGAGAAGAAGCCCCCCAUCACCAAUGAGGUGGCCGCGAAGAAACCUGACCAUGAGAGCGUCUUCCAGAGGGAGAGAUCGGACAGCUCGCCUCCGGAGAGCUGCUCUCCUGUCCUGCCCCACCACACACACACCUACAACCACAACUCACAGCCCCCGCUGGGUCUCAAGAUGCAGGGCAGGAACAGUCCCAUUCCUGCACCCCCCCUAGUAUCGGUCCCAUUGCCCCCCCUGACACCGCCAACAGCCUCACACCAUGUCUCACACCCAGCCCCUGCGCCUUACUCCUCCCCCAGUAUUGGUGCUAAGAGACCUGGGCCUUUACCUGUGUCUGCCCACUACAGCCAUACACCGCCCAUCCAGAGGCACAGUGUGAUUCACAUACCAGAUGUCAACAUGCAAACCUCCAUCUUCCAAGAUGACCCCUAUAAGCCUGUGGUGGGCACCCUAAAGACAUGCGCCACCUACCCCCAGCAGAACCGCUCCCUCUCAUCGCAGAGUUACAGCCCUGCUCGCCUGUCAGGGGUCCGCACUGUUAACACCAUGGACACCCUGGCCUACAAUAUGCCUGGCGAACACAAGUCCCACACCUACACCAAUGGAUUUGAUGCGGGAGACAUUCAGGACUGCCUGGAGUUUGCUGAUGAGGACAACUCGUCUCACACCUGGCUCAACCAAGACAAAACCAAAGGGCGGAGCUCUGGAAGCCCUUUGUACUGCUUUCAGCAGCGCCGCUGCAAGAGGGAGAACUGCUCCUUCUACGGCAGGCCAGAGACAGAAUACUACUGCUCCUACUGCUACAAGGAGGAGCUAAAACGCAGGGAGAGGGAGUGCAAGGUGCAGAGGCCUGCGUAGCCAUCACCGCCACUUCAGCCACUUGUCAGCAAGGCCACAGGAGAGUUGAGGGAAGACACCAUCUGCACUCUGCAUCACGAAUAUCAUGAUGGCAAACAUUUUCCUAUUUUGUUGAAGAAUGCUCUUGUAUUCCUGUCACCCUUCCCUUGUUGGUAAAGAUUAUUACUUUAUGAUGGGAAAUGCAGAACUUGAAACAGUGAGCAGCUUUGGCCAGAUAUUGUGCGAUUGUUUAGUUUGAUUUCUGUCUAAUUGAAUUUAGUCUUUUACUUGUUUUAGAGUAAAAGUCAUCUCUGUGAUGUAACUCUCUGUAUGUGAGGGAAAGGUCUUUAUUUUUCAAAGUUUAAAAAGAUUUGCAUCUUAUCUGGAGGGAACAUUUUAGCUCUUUUAAUCAGUUUUAAUGCAAUACCUCCGCUAGGUUCCUCAAAAUCUCUGUGGAAAAUUUGUAGUUGUUUUGCAAUCAAAAUAAAUUCAAUGGGAGAUUGAUAUUAGAAUUUAAAGCAAUAAAUUGGGGAUUUUUGCUACACCCUCUCCCAGUUUUGUCUAUGCACCAAUAAUAUAAUUACUGUAGGUUAUCUGUGUCUUGUAAAUUGUAAAGGAUUGUCACGGUGUGCUUUUGUAAACAAUUUGAA